AUGGCUUUUAAAACCCAGAUUGGUACAUCCCCGUACAAGUUGGUGUUUGGAAAGGUGUGCCAUUUGCUUGUUGAGUUAGAGCAUCGAGCCUAUUGGGCUAAUAAGAAGCUGAAUUUCGAUCUUCAGAUAGCUGGGAAGCACAGAUUGCUGCAACUUAAUGAGAUGGAGGAGUUUCAGAACCAAGCAUAUGAGAAUUCUAAGAUUUAUAAGGAACGCACGACAAAAUGGCAUGAUAAUUGGAUUGUGCCUAGAGCUUUUCUUCCUGGUCAACGGGUUUUGUUGUUUAAUUCUCGUCUUCGGUUGUUUCCUGGAAAGCUUAAGUCUCGAUGGUUUGGACCAUUCGUAAUCAAGGAUGUCACCCCUUACGAUGCAGUGGAACUACAUGGCAAAGAUGGAACGACAUUCAAGGUUAAUGCCCAGAGAUUGAAACAUUACUGUGGAGAUGAAGAGUGA